AUGGCAAAUCAAACACCCCCACCACAACGCCGAUGGAAACAGCUGUAUGAAUCUCUCCUCCUCAACAUUGCAGACUGGCAGCGAGAAUCAUCAUAUCCUUCUUCCUCACCUCUUACAGAGACUAGUCACCAUCCGGAGCCUGUUACAGCCAACAGCAUGGAAAACAUCAAAACGGGUUACGCGCAUGGGCGUUUGUUGGAAGAAGGACGAGGGAAUACCGAGUCGAAGGCAUUGCUAGCGACGGGGAGUCAAGCUAAGAUCUAUGAAAAGGAUGUGGACGAGGGAGGAGAGGAUGAGACCAUUGAGCAAGCAGGGAACAAUGAUGGCAAUAUACAAGACCACCCGAACCUACGGAUGCAGUGGAAAUGGACUCUAGUGUCGAAACGAGACACCGAAUAG